ACACAAGAUUAGACUGAAUCUGUUAACAGAGCAUGCUGUUUAGGAAAGGACUUUGUGGAAACCAGUAUUUGGGUGUCUGUGUCGUGUCUUUUGUUCACCAAAGGGGGCAGCACCGAGCCCAGCUGUCACCUGUUCAGUAGACUGACAAAAUGGAAGACGUUAUUCCUUCUGUAACUUUGCAUCCCCUAUGGUGGAUACUUCUUCUGAUUAUCGGUGCACAGCAGCUGAGUGCAGGACUAACUGAGGGCCCAUGUCAAGGAAGAGACUGCUCACAGUGUCUUUGUCUUCCUGCCAAAGGUGCACAGGGAACUCCAGGGAAACUUGGUAGGCAAGGUCGUCAGGGACCAACGGGGCCAGUGGGAGCUCAAGGGCCACCAGGAGAGAAAGGAAGGAGAGGAGCAAUGGGAUUAUGUGGGCCAGAAGGGACAAAUGGAGAUCCUGGAGUGACUGGUCUUCCUGGUUUCACUGGUCAUGAUGGGUCACAGGGUCACCCAGGGGCAGGUGGUGAGCCAGGUUUGCCAGGGGUGGAUGGCUGUAAUGGGACAGGAGGUCAACCAGGACAGCCUGGUUUACCUGGUCUGGAUGGCCUUCAUGGGCCACCAGGAAUACCUGGUCCAAAAGGAAGUAAAGGAGAACCUUUGUAUGAUGGUACCCUGCCAGGUCUUCCUGGAGAGCGUGGGACAGAUGGAGACCCUGGUCCACCUGGAAGACCAGGGGACAUUGGACAUAAAGGGCAGAUUGGUCCACCAGGCCUUCCUGGGUUUCAGGGUUCGGACGGGCUUCAAGGUGCAAGAGGACCACCAGGUGAUCCAGGAGGGUCACUCCGUGGGACUAAAGGUGACACUGGUGAACAGGGCCCACCUGGUCCCCCAGGACCAGAGGAAGUGGUUGUUCUUCCUCCAGAGUUCCUUCCCCCUAAAGGUGUCAAGGGUAAUACAGAAGAACACGCAAGUCAAAAACUUAAAGGAGAACAAGGAAUCCCUGGAUUUCCAGGAGCAAGGGGUCCUCAUGGACUUCCAGGUAGGGAUGGAUCAACGGGAGCMGAGGGUUUACCAGGAAACAUAGGACAUCCAGGCCUCAAAGGAAGAAUUGGAGAGAAGGGUUAUCUGGGUGAUCCAGGUCCUCCUGGUCCUUUGCUGUUUCMUAAUGCAAGUUAUGUGAGAGGUCCUAAAGGAGACCCUGGAUAUCCAGGUGCUCCUGGACUUCCUGGGGACCCUGGUUAUAUGGGCACACCCGGGCCUCCGGGUCUACCAGGGCACAAAGAAGAGCAAAGUCUUCCUGGUCCACAAGGACUUCCUGGAGAAAAGGGCAACAAGGGAGAACCAGCGAGUUAUCAUGAUAGCUUAUUUCCAGGACCUAAAGGGGAAAAAGGAGUUCCAGGUGUUAAAGGAGUCACAGGCCUCCCAGGUCCUCCAGGAUGUGGAGACUAUUAUUGUGAACCUGGAACCCCAGGAGAACCAGGGGAUCAUGGAUCAAAAGGACUACAUGGAAACAAAGGGCUCAGAGGAAUUAAAGGUUGUCCAGGGGAAUGUGAGUGUGCUGUUGGCAUUGGAAGUAUAGGGCUCCCGGGUCUACCUGGUUAUCCAGGCCCCCMAGGCUUACCUGGAGCUCCAGGACCCAAAGGAGAUCCAGGACUCCAAGGAACUGAAGGCUCAAGAGGCCCACAAGGCUAUCAAGGAAUUACAGGUUCAAAAGGAAGAAAGGGUCAGAAAGGUGAAUCUUUUGUGGAUAGUAUUAAAGGUGCUAAGGGUGACACAGGAGAACCUGGGUAUUCUGGUCCUCCUGGUAGAACAGGUAGGCCUGGACAGGAAGGUAUUCCUGGUGAGGAAGGGGAACCUGGACCACCGGGUCAGAGGAAUUCAGGAUUACCUGGUCCAAAAGGUUACCCAGGUCCUCCUGGAAUGAAAGGGUUUCCAGGAUCUGUGGGGUCCCCUGGCCCUGGUUUCCCAGGCCCAGUGGGCAUACCUGGGCCUCAGGGAAAUCAGGGUUUUCCUGGACUACCUGGAAUUUCUGGAAGACCAGGGCCUCCAGGUGAAUCAGAUGAGUGCUGCAAUGAAGACCCAGUUGGCCCACCAGGUUCUAAGGGUGAGCCAGGUGAACCGGGGAUACCAGGCCAGCCAGGAAGAGAUGGGUUUCCAGGAAUACCUGGACAACCUGGACCCAAAGGAAUGAAAGGAGAUGACAGUGGAACUGGAGGGAUUGGGCCAGAAGGACCUCAAGGUUUGAAUGGGGAUCCUGGUGACCCUGGUCCCAGUGGUAUUAGUUUGGAUGGCCCUCAAGGGCUUCCUGGGUUACCUGGAUCCCCAGGAAGGAAGGGUGCCCCAGGAGACAACCUCUAUCCUAGGCCAGGUGCUCCAGGUGCUACAGGACCUCGUGGAGCUGUGGGAUCCCAAGGAACCAUUGGAACUCCUGGAAGACCAGGAUUACCUGGCAUACAAGGCCAACCAGGACACCUGGGCAGUAAAGGAGGACCUGGUGAUGAUGGGGAUCCUGGAGCAACUGGUCCCCAAGGCCUGCCCUGUACUCCUUGUGAUCUGAUAAGUUCACAAGGACCUCCAGGACCUCCAGGACACCCUGGAAUAAGGGGAAUACCAGGCUACCUUGGUCUGAAAGGUGCGAGAGGAGAUGUUGGGCUCCCUGGCCAUGGUCGGAAGGGUUCAAAAGGUUUUACUGGUAAUCCAGGUGCUCCAGGCCCAGCUGGACCWAGAGGUACUGAUGGUUCUCCAGGAGAUCCCGGUAGUGAUGGUUUGCCAGGACAAAAGGGAGAGAGGGGCUAUCCUGGCAGACCUGGGACAGGAGGCUUGCCAGGAUUUCCUGGACCACCAGGGCCAAGUGGUAAACAGGGAGAACAAGGUUUUACCGGCCACCCUGGUGUUCCAGGGGAUUCAGGAAUACCUGGUAAAAAAGGUAUGCGUGGACCUCCAGGAUUCCCAGGAGUUUCAAAUAUUGUGAACACAGUAAAAGGGCAGACUGGAUCUCCAGGAAACAGAGGUCAAAUUGGCCAGGCAGGACUUCCAGGUCCAAAGGGCCGAAGAGGAGUGCCAGGUGAUUUAGGAACCAAUGGAUUGUAUGGCCUCCCAGGAUUUAAGGGCCCCGCUGGUGUUCCGGGCAGGCCGGGAGAAUCUGGACCACCUGGAUAUCCUGGAAGUAAAGGCUUCCCAGGUCCAAGGGGAUAUCCUGGGCUUCCUGGAGAUAGGGGAGAUCCAGGGCCUCCAGGAAACAUUGGUAUCCCAGGACUUCCAGGAUUACCUGGUGUCAAAGGUGAUCAAGGACAAUUCUAUGGGACACCUGGUCCACCUGGACCCAAAGGAUUGCCUGGCGAAAAUGGGCCCAGUGCACCUAGAGGAAGCCCAGGAGAUCCAGGUGAGCCAGGACCAAGAGGAAGGCCAGGGCAACCUGGAUAUCAAGGCAGUCCUGGAGAAACAGGAAGACAAGGAGGACCAGGCUUUCCUGGGCCUCGUGGUCUUGCAGGUCAUCCAGGUUUUCCAGGUCCUACUGGCGAUCAAGGAGUCRUGGGCCAACCAGGACCCCCUGGUUCAUAUGGGUUCCCAGGACAGCCUGGUUCACCAGGUCUGGAUGGAUUGGAUGGGCUAAGAGGUCCAAAAGGAAUGAAAGGAUCAAGUGGAAUAGGUAUUCCUGGUGCUCCUGGACAAUAUGGCCUUCCUGGAGUCAAAGGCAUUAGAGGUCCACCCGGGCCUCCAGGAGUGACUUUUCCAGGACCUAAAGGCCAAAGUGGGGCACCUGGCAACACAGGCCCUCCAGGCCUGCCAGGUGAGCCUGGUCACCCUGGCACAACAUGUCAAACACCAUUCCCUGGAACCCAGGGUGACAGAGGAUAUGAAGGACCUGCAGGACCYCCAGGACCACCUGGAUCACCUGGAUUACCAGGCAGCAGCAUUUUAUUCAAAGGAGACCCAGGACCAGUUGGGCCUCCUGGAUUGCCAGGAUGUAAAGGGGGUAGGGGUCUUCCAGGAACUCCUGGACCUCAGAACCGCUAUGGUCUUACAGGACCAAAAGGAGUGGAAGGACCAGCCGGUCCAAGAGGCCCUACGGGACACAAAGGUCAAAGAGGUGCCCCUGGGCCACAAGGCCGCAAAGGAGAAACUGGCCUUGUUGGGAAUGCAGGUGCUAAAGGUGCACCUGGUGACUUAAUCACUGAAGGUAUAGGAGUGGCUCCUCCAGGACUACCAGGGCCACAUGGUGCUCCCGGACCAGUUGGGUUUGCAGGUUCUGUGGGUCCAUCUGGACCUCAAGGAAGGAAGGGAGAAAAGGGUCCUAAAGGGUCUAGGGGUGUUCCUGGUGGGCCAGGUCUUCCUGGUCUUGAUGGUUCAGUUGGAGACCCAGGAAAUAUUGGUGUACAAGGAUUUCCAGGGCCUCAAGGCAGUCCGGGUCUUCCUGGUGAUCCAGGUGACCCAGGCUACAGAGGGCCACUAAAGUCAGCCUUCCUUUUGGUUGUCCACAGCCAGUCAAUUCAUGUGCCACACUGCCCUUUGGGUAGCACUCAGCUUUGGGUGGGAUACAGUCUUGUUUACUUAGAAGGACAAGAAAAAGCUCAUACACAAGAUCUGGGUCAGCCUGGUUCUUGUCUCCCAGUUUUCUCCACCAUGCCUUUUUCCUACUGUGACAAAGCUGCCUGCUACUACUCUAGCCGCAAUGACAAAUCCUACUGGCUCUCCACGACUGCUCCCAUACCCAUGAUGCCACUUGUUGGCCCAGAAAUAAACAUCCACAUAAGCC